AUGGCCGACUCCCCGCUUAUCGGCAUCUAUCCGACGAUGGUCCCCGACUAUUAUGUCGCCUACGAGAAGUGGGUGGCGCAGGCGGGCGGGCGCACCGUGGUCCUGCCUCGCUUCUUUGCGCACGAGCCGCAGGCACUGGAGCGCCUGUUUGCCUCGCUCAACGGCCUCCUGAUCCCGGGAGGCGGCGACUUUGUCGGCAACGGUUCGGUCGACGCGAUGGUUGCGCGCGCCACGCGCGCCAACCGCGAGGGCGACUACUUUCCGAUCUGGGGUACCUGUCUCGGCUUCGAGUACCUGGUCGACAUACUCGGAGGGCCGGGCGCGCUUGUGCCGCGCGCGCCGGGCGACCCGAUCGUGCCCGGCUUCGACUCCGAGCUGCUGCCGCGAGCCCUCAACCUGACGGCCGCGGUGCGCGGCUCUCGCAUGCUCGGAGGCGCCAGCGACGCGCUGUUGCGCUGGGCCGCGAGGGAGAAU